CGGGGCCGGGCGGGCGGCAGCGGCGGCGCGCUGUCAGGCCGGUGCCGGUGUGAUGAAGAUUGGCGGCAGGGAACUUUCUGAUGGCUGAGCAGUCCCUGCCCGCCGCCGGCCUGCGCCUCCCGUCUCAACCCCAGGAGAUCUGCAGGAAUUCAGCGUCCGUCCCCCAGCCACGGCCGAUGCGCAGGUGUAGACCCAAACUGUACCACUAACCCACUGUGAGAUCCUGUGCUGGGGAGCUGUCAUUCCUGAGGAGCAGAAGGGGACGGGACGUGAUACAACUGUGGCUUUCCGCCUGUGGAUAUACUGGCAUCGAGCGCAUCUUCAUAUUCCAGGCACAUCUCGACUGUGACCCAUACUCAGAAGUUUUGCUUUUGUGGCUGUGGAACAUUUCGUGCAGUGGCUCCUCAAGCACCCACAGACGGUUCUCAAUGUGACUCCUGCCCAGGAUGCACCAUGUCUCCCCGGCACCGGCUCUGACGAUGAUGGCCACCCAGACGGUGCCCCCUCCUCCCUACCAAGACAGCCCACAGAUGACGGCCACAGCCCAGCAGCCCAGCAAGGCUCAGCCCGUGCACCUCUCUGCCGCGCCGGCUCCCACCGCAGCCGUGCCCCCCGCAGCCGGCGACCCGCAGGCGCAGCUGGAGGCCGACAAGCGAGCUGUCUACAGGCACCCACUGUUCCCGCUGCUUACGCUGCUCUUUGAGAAGUGUGAGCAGGCAACCCAGGGCUCCGAGUGCAUCACCUCAGCCAGCUUCGACGUUGACAUUGAGAACUUUGUCCACCAGCAGGAGCAGGAGCACAAACCUUUCUUCAGUGAUGACCCUGAGCUGGACAACCUGAUGGUGAAGGCAAUCCAGGUGCUGCGCAUCCACCUCCUGGAGCUGGAGAAGGUCAACGAAUUGUGCAAGGACUUUUGCAACCGCUACAUCACCUGCCUCAAAACCAAGAUGCACAGUGACAACCUACUCAGGAACGACCUGGGGGGCCCCUACUCCCCCAACCCUUCCUCCAUCAGCCUCCACCCUCAGGAGAUGCUGCAGAGCUCACCUGCGGCGCUCCCGGCCGCCUCCAACCCCCCCCCGGGCAUCGUGGUGCCUGCAGCUGCGCUGCCCCCGGGCAACCUGGCCAUGGGCAGCGGGGCUGGAUCGCCCGCUGUGCCAGGUGGAGCCCUGUACCAGCCCGUGACGAUGGUGACAUCUCAGGGCCAGGUCCUUGCCCAAGCCAUCGCCCCUGGUGCCCUGCAGAUCCCCAAUGCCCAGGUGAACCUGGAUCUCACCUCACUCCUUGAUGGCGAGGACAAGAAGUCCAAGAACAAGCGGGGCGUUCUGCCCAAACACGCCACCAACAUCAUGCGUUCCUGGCUCUUCCAGCACCUCAUGCAUCCCUAUCCCACGGAGGAUGAGAAGAGGCAAAUUGCUGCCCAAACCAACCUGACCCUCUUACAAGUCAAUAACUGGUUCAUCAAUGCCCGCCGGCGCAUCCUGCAACCAAUGCUUGAUGCCAGCAACCCAGACCCAGCCCCUAAAGCCAAGAAAAUCAAAUCUCAGCACCGGCCCACCCAGCGGUUCUGGCCCAACUCCAUCGCUGCUGGUGUCCUUCAGCAGCAAGGUGGCAAUUCGGGGACAAAUCCUGAUGGCUCCCUUGCCAUGGACAACCUGCAGCCCCUCUCAUCAGCCACGGCCACCAUGGCCAUGCAGCAGGCCAUGCUUGCAGCUCACGAGGACUCCCUAGAUGGCACCGAGGAGGACGACGAUGAGGAGGAUGAGGACGAGAUGGAGGAGGAGGAAGAGGAGGAAGAGGAGCUGGAGGAAGAGCCCGGUGGCCUCCCGACUGCGCCUGGCGCUAACCUUGGCUUGGACCACAGUGACUCACUGGAGUAGCUCACCUUGCGUGCUCCCCAAAUCAUGGAUGGCGCCAGAAGCGACCUCUCCCAGAAUGGCAAAAAACAGCAAGAAAACAACAAAUUGGUGAGGAAAAAAUCUAACUGUGGAGGCCCUGACAGAUGCCCCAUCUGCCUGUGGGUGCACCGGGGCCACCACAUCCGCACAUGGCAGUGAAGGACACGUGUUUACAAGGCACAUAUUGUGGCCGGAUUUUUUUGAGGUUUUCUUUCAGGUUUUAUCCUUGUUUUCUCCCUUUUCCCUUCAUUUUUGGUAAUGAAAGCAUUUAUAGGGGAGGCUGUUUUCCCCACCGUGCUCAGAUGCCACCAUAGGCUGUUGCAUCCUCUUGGAUUUCUUGGUGCAAAAAAACCCCAACAGAAACAGGAUUGAUGUAUUUUUGGGGGAAGCUUCCACAAAAAAAGGUCAUUCAUAUAAACAUCAGCAUGUGGGAAAAAAUUGCCAAGUUCCCAAUUCUGCUUCCUAUCAGAUUGGAGGAAAGUUUCAUGCUUUUGACCCACAGGAUUGCUCACAUCCCCGUUUUGGCCCCAGUGCUGUGGCCAUUGGGUGACUCUACGUGCGACUUUCAGGAAAAGGGAGAAAGUCCCCAAACUAUUUAAUUUAUGUGCUAAAAACCCAACAAAUCUGGAAAAAAUAUUCAGCCUUGAACUUCAGGACUGAGACUGGAUGCAAUGUUGGGCUGGAUGUGAGGCUGAGUAAGACCUUUCCAGGGUUUUUUUGGUACCAAAUAGGAAUAAAAUAGCAGCCUUUCUCCGAAAAUUGAAUAGUGAUUUGCCCAGGAGGAAGGAAAUUCAAAAAGAUGGUAUCUCCCCAGUGUCAUCCACCUGUGCAGGAAAACAUUGGGUUUCUCACCCCCAAGUGCCACAAGUGAGCUGUUAGGGGGCAGCUGUACAAAAACACUGUGUUUGGGGGCUUCAGGUGGUAGCAAAAAGGCAAAUUCUGCCUUGAACUGUGAGAAUAAAAGCAGCCCAGGUAACACAGGGCAUCUUCUCAGUUCCGUGGGGGUUUAAAAAAAAAAAAAAAAAAGGAUUUUUUUUCUGCCAGUUCUUCCCCAGCAGUGUGGGGUUUGUUCUUCUGUAAUAAGGAAGGAUUUUGUCGGCUGCAUGAAUUGCCAUUUUUGACCCUCUUUUGGCUCUUGAAGAGUUGAGAAGAAACAGCAGCCACAGCCAAACAGGCCGCAGCAACAAAGUGAUGCAAUGGGCAGCAAAGCCUGUUUUUCAAUACUGAUCUGGCGUGAAUGUAAUCUGUAAUUUCAUAAAGGAUUCAUUGUAAUUUAGUAUUAAUUCAUGUCAUUUAUUAUAAAGUGCUACGAGAUGAGGUUUUGCA